CAGAGGCUGCUAUUCCUGUCCAGGACUCCCCCAAAGUGCUCGGAGGUGAGGCGAGGCCACGCCAUGAAUGACAGAAGCGGCCGCAGGUCAAUGAAGAAGGACUAUGAGGCCUUGGAGCUCUCCAUCCCUUUCGACGAGACGCCCCACCUGGACCCCCAGAUCUUUUACAGCCUGAGCCCCUCUCGGGGAAACCUGGAGGAGCCCCCCGAGCCCGCGUCGCCCACCGUGGCGCUCAUGAACGGGGUCCGCGCGCAGCUGCACAUGGCCCUGGAGAGGAACUCGUGGCUGCAGAAGCGCAUCGAGGACCUGGAGGAGGAGCGGGAUUUCCUGCGCUGCCAGCUGGACAAGUUCAUCUCCUCGGCCCGCAUGGACGCAGAGGACCACUGCAGGGGCAAGCCGGGCCCGCGGCGGAGCGAGGGGGACAGCCGCGGGGCUGUGGCCGCCGAGGCCUCGGACCCCGAGUCGGCCGGCUCCUCGCUCAGCGGCGCGUCGGAGGAAGGGGGCACCGGGGAUCGGAAGAGGCUCAAGCCCAAGGGCAGUGCGGGCCGGAGGCGCUUCGGGAAGCCCAAAGCCCGGGAGCGGCAGCGGGUGAAGGACGCCGACGGGGUCCUGUGCCGGUACAAGAAGAUCCUGGGCACGUUCCAGAAGCUCAAGAGCAUGUCCCGGGCCUUCGAGCACCACCGCGUGGACCGCAACACCGUGGCGCUCACCACGCCCAUCGCCGAGCUGCUCAUCGUGGCCCCCGAGAAGCUGGCCGAGGUCGGCGAGUUCGACCCGUCCAAGGAGCGUCUGCUCGAGUACUCGCGCCGCUGCUUCCUGGCGCUGGACGACGAGACGCUCAAGAAGGUGCAGGCGCUCAAGAAGAGCAAGCUGCUGCUGCCCAUCACCUACCGCUUCAAGCGGUGAUGGGCCCACCCGACGCCG